GUGGCGUGAUCCACUCCUCCGCCGUCAUUACCUACUGCGACGCUCCAGUCCAUCUUCAUUUCGACUCGAAAAACUACGGCUCGAAUAGAAAAUCAAAAACUCGCCCAAUAUGUGCUCCCCCGAUCUGUUCCUCGGCAUCAUCGCCAUUUUAUUCCCGCCUUUGGCCGUCUGGGUGAAAUGCGGUCUAUGCUCCGCCGACUCUAUCAUUAACAUCCUUCUCUGCUUCUUGGGAUACAUCCCCGGCCUCAUCCAUGCCUGGUACAUAAUCGCCAAAUUCCCCGACACAGCAGAGUACGAGCGCGUAGCUCAACAAGACUACGAGCAUGGCCACGGCCACCACAAUGAGCGCGUAACAUACGUCAUCGUGCCAGCACCGCACGCUCAAUCACAACAACAAUCUCAUCAACAGCAUGCGAAACACAGCCAACAACAAGUGAACUACGGCACGGCAUCUUCUAACAAUGCGGGCGCUUCGUCCUCGUCUAAUCAAAACGAGGCCAGCGGUAGCAGCAACAAUGGUGAGCGUGCACCGCCCACGUACGCCGAGGCUAUCAAGGGCGAUCAUAAGAUCCAGUCGGACGAGUAGAUAAUGAAGGAGUAUAUAGCGUGAUGAAUGGUUGUAAACAGAUCGUCUAGUAUCCGAUAACGUGCCCGAAAACUGUCCAACACUCACGUCAAGAUCUGUUCAUCGACGGCAGCGGCAGUCCAGCACUAGGACUAGUCAAAUAUUUAUCGAUAUUCAUGGCGGGAAGAAGCAGCACGGCAAGCGACUUUACUAUCUAUGUGC